UGUUAUUCAAAAUUUUAAAACACGCAGCUCAAAAUAGUACACUUUAUGUGCAUUCGUGUAUGUUUCUUAAAAUGUAAGUAGCUUUAGUAAAAUAAAAGAUUAUGUUGUGAAUUAUAUUCAGAGACGGGAAAAUUCUAUUUUUAGAAGGUCGGCCUUUUCAGUUCAGGCUAGACAGUAGGUCAAGGCUUUUCUUAGAAAGUGGACUGUGACGUUGUUUCGGUUUUGUCAAUGACAUCGGAGCUUCAUAGUUUUUCCAAACACGUUUACACUGGACAUUCGGACGUGCAUCGACCGUACGUGCAUACAUUUGUAUGAGGUUUAGAGUCACGGCCGUCAGAUGACGAUGGACAUCCUGACCCCCGUCCCCAUCUCCUCCUACCACGGGUGCAACAUCACCGUCGUGGAGCACUACACCGCAAGCUGGAACUACGCUUCCGCCCAUGGUCAGUUUCUUCUGGAAUCGCCUCUGGCCGCGGGUCAAACAUUUGAUCUGGAAUUUCACGGCGAAGGAAUAAUGAAAAUCGAAGGGUUCCCCACGAAGCUCGCGGCGGUCGAGUGGUUGACCUCCAGACACCCCCUGUCCGCGACCAGCAAAAGGAUUCGAACCCACAGCCUCGUCCAUCUCCAAGUCUCCAUGAUGGCUGAUGGCAACACUAUCGCGUUCAAGUCGAAAGAUUUACCGAGGAUGACACUAUCUGGCACGGUGCUGGCAUUUGACAUCCUGUAUGGUGAUGUGUGUGUCUCAAUCUUCAACCACACCAAUUCUUCCCACACAGACAUUAGGUUUGAUGCAGACUUACACAGUGAACACAUCACCAUCGCCCAACCGUCCAGCCGCAUCUGUCACGCCUGGCUCAACCACUACAACCCCACCUCUCUGUGCAGCCUCGACAACUGCCCUUUGACCCUGGGCACCCUGCUCCAGCUGGAGGUCACGGGACCGGAAGACACCAAGAAGACCGGAAGUUACGUGCGCGUGUGUGUUGCCAGGCGGCACAACGUGUACGAGAACAACCGAGUGGCCAGGUGCGUGGGGACGCCGGACUGUCCGGAGUUUAGCGGGGAUAAGAUCCCCAUUACGUCACAGUGCCGGCAGAUAAUCCUGAUUCAGGUCUUCCAAAAUCACCUCAGUAUUUGUAGCGACGGUCAGGUGGUCCCUAAUGGCGGAUACAACGGUCGAGUGACCGUCAACCUGGAUGACGAGUGUGCACUGUGGUUUGAGGUGCACCAGGUCAAGCUAAAGAUAUGGCACUGUACAAAAGCCGACAGUGAUGUGCAACCUCCUAGUUUCCCCGCUCCUCCAGUGCCGCGGGUUCGCCGCCAGACUAGGCUGACAUUGGACUCUGAAGGUUACUUAAACCACAACUCAACCCACAACUCAACCCACACCCCAACCCACAACCCAACCCAAAACCGAACCCACCGGUCAACCCCCAACCCAACACAAAAGCCAACCCACAGCUCAAACCACAGGUCAACAUACAACACCAUCCGGAAACCAACCCCCAACACAACUCGCAACUCAAACCUUAACUCAAACCUCAGCUCAAAUAACCCCACCCCCCGGGACCGAACGACCCCCGGGUCAGACACCAGCAGCCACACCUACUUCCCUAUCACCCUGCUGACGACCUACGCCAACGGCAGAACUUUCUCGAACGAUGGAGCCUCCUGUAAUUCAGCCACCACCACCACCACCAACAACAACAACAACACUAACAAAACCACCACAACCGAUCCCGACUGCGAACACUACCAGAACCUCCAAAACGAGGUUCUAGAACGCCGUGUACUCUCCUCGUCCCGAUCACCUAAACCAAGAUCGACUUCCGGUGAAACGACAGCAGCCAGGCGUAUCAAAACCCCGCGAGAACAUCGUACCCACGGGCCGAGAGAUCCCCGACCCCACACCUCCUGCUACCAGAAUUUCUUCAAGAAAAGACUAGGCUGGAAAUAUCCCACCCAGAGACCAAAGUGCAGACAUUCUAAAAGAGAGACAUCCACGGAGUUAAAGUUCACUGAUAAUGGCGACAGGGGCGGUAAAUCAGACAAGGGGGAUAACUCACGUGAGAAAGUUCGAAAAAGCGGAGACAACUCUUCGUGUAUGGCGAAGAGUCAUGAGAUCGGGUACGUAAAUCGAAAUUUAAAUAAAAGUUCUGAAAAGAAUCAGCCGCAAAAGGAAAAAUCGAACGAGUCAUGUAAAGGAUUUCAAGACACGGUGCCUGUACAAGGUGGGACUACGCCUGUAUACAGCAGGGCUGUACGCCCUAAAACAGCCUCUAACGACAGCCGAACUGAUGCAGCUUCUUACGACAGCCGAGUUGUUUCCAGCACCAUCAACAGCUCGGCCACACCACGCGACAACAGCACAACCAGCAGCUUUUGGAUCUCCAGUAACGGCAGCUCAACAGGCAUUUCGGGCACCAUGCCCCAGCCAUCUGACGAAGAAGACACCGAGGCCAAAGCUCUACCCUCCCCACCUCGACACCGCUACACCACUGUUCUAGAACACCACAGUUUCAUACGCUCUACUUCCCCUUCCCUCACCGGAAGUUCCGCUCUAGAAACUCGACCUUUGACCCCUGCUUCUACCGACCAAUCUCAGACCUGCUGCAAGGAAUUCCAAACCAUGCGUGACGACGCAGUCUCCGAUAACGACACCGUAUUCACCUGCAGCGAACAUCUCUCCCACAGUUCGAACGGUUCUGAAAAUAGUGAUGUUCACGACUCCAACAACAUGGGAGAUGACUCUAAUAUAAAUAUCAACGAACUGAACCGAUCUUCGAUGGGAUCAGGCGCCUGUUCGGUGCUUAUGCGACAAAAUAAGAUAACCCCAAAUAGGAACAUUAUUGCCAGCAACUCGCUGAACGACGUUUCAUGCAGGCGAUCAAAGAGCUUUACCGUCACGAUUGAGAACGGUCCUGUGAUGAGGCUACAGGAGGGCAAGAGGAGUAACUCUGAGAGCAGCAGCACAGACUCGUAUGGAAGAAACUUCAGCCCGCCUUGUCCCGGGCGAGAUUCCAGAAAACCGCAGAACUAAACUAGCUUCAACAUGCGUAUUAAAUUUUAGACAUCAGAAGAAUCAUAGAUUUUUUUUCAAUUGAAACGAUGUUGAAAAACUUAAAAAAAAGUAUUAUGGUUAAAAAGGAAACAAAAGUAGUACUACUUCACACAUUUGUAAAAAUGUUGAAGCCUCUAUAUGAAGUAGAUUUGAGCUUUAUCUAACGUUACGUAGGCCUAUUAGAAGGUGCCAUGUUCACAUACUCAGUGGAGUUAUCAACGUCCUACAUACUCUUUUCAGUAGCCGAACUAAAGACACUGUUUGGUACAGAUUGUAUGAUACACCACACCACUCUUGUAAAUCUUAUAUUGUUAUGAAUAAACCAUAUACAAUUAA